UAAAGUUAGUGAAUGGAAGAUGGCGGAGGGGACCGAGAAGCCAGCGGGUGUGCCAGCAGUUCCGGUGUCGUUCAGUUUUUCUCGAUUAAGCGGACGGAAGCGGCUUCUCCAUGUAACUGGGCAGGAUGGCAGCGAAGCGAAACAGGAACCUGAUUUCCUCUCCGCUAUUGAAGGGAGAGAAUUGCGAAGUGUUCGACCAGCCCCUCAGCCAAAAGAGCUUGUCAUUCCCUUGAUCCAGAAGAACCAAUGGAAGAAGCCAGAGGUCUCUGCAACUCAUCAGGAGCAGGAUGAGAUUAAUGGUGUUGAUGCACAAGCAGUCAAAGAGCUCAUUGAAGAAUCCAAGAAAUCACAGGAGCAAUGGGAAAGUGGAAGCAAGGUAGAUCCCAACUUUGUAAUUCCCCUCUUCAUGGUGAACCGUGUGCCUGAUGGCUUUGAAGAUGGGGACAAAGUGGAUGUCAGCCUUCGCCCAGAAUCGUCAACUGAGGCAGAUUAUGAAGAGGUACCAGUAGAAGCUUAUGGUCUCGCCAUGUUGAAGGGCAUGGGCUGGAAGGCAGGAGAGGGUAUUGGGCGCACAUUCAAGCAGGACGUGAAGCCACCAGAGAACCGUCUUCGCCCCAAGGGCUUGGGCCUUGGAGCAGACCGCUCAGCAGCCCAGGACUUGCAGCCCUCGAGAUCCCGGCGACCCCCAAAGCCAGGCGAGGAACCUUCAAAGAGUAAAGAUGAGCCUUUGGGGUUGGUUCCAGGAGGUACCGUCUUCAUUGAAAGUGGGCCUCAUAAAGAGCUGUAUGGAAAGAUUGAAGGUGUUGAUGGAGAUAAUGCUCGCAUCAUGGUGAAACUGGCAAUCGGCAGCAAAGUGGUCACUGUGAGUCAGCAUGGAGUUCGGCCUGUUACCCAGAAAGAAUACGAUAAGCUGGCUAAAGACUUAAGUCGCCUCAGCAAGGCCCACAAAGAAAAGGAGGAGGAACAGAGGAAUGGGACCAAGGACAGCUCUGAUAACAGGGCCUCCAAAGGCAAAAAUGAGAGCUGGGACAAAAAAAGGAAGCACCCAGCAGGUGUGGACAGAGACAACCAUACUGGGAAGCAGAGUAAGUGUGCUGAUGGUUCUUCUUCCAGAGCUUCUCACUGGUUGCGCCAAGAUCUGCGAGUCCGUUUUAUAGAUAAGCUCUACAAAGGGGGCAAAUAUUAUAAUACUAAGAUGGUAAUUGAAGAUGUCCUCAAGCCAGACACAUGCGUUUGCCAAAUAGAAGAGGGACAGAUUCUGGAUGGAAUCCAUGAAUCUAUGCUGGAGACUGUGAUUCCUCGGAAUGAUUCAGACUGGGUUAUGGUGGUGCUAGGGGAGCAUGUUGGAAAGAUGGGCCGCAUUCUGCGUCGAGACAAGGAACAGAGUCGUGCAGUGGUGCAACUGCAGCAGGAUGAAGAAAAGCUUCUGACCCUGGAUUAUGAUGCUAUCUGUCACUACGUUGGUAGCUUGGAGGAUGAUUGAGGUCCGCAGCUCCUCAGGAGAGAACAUCUGCAGAACAGAGGAAAUCUCUUCUGAGGCUCAAGAUAAAAGAGUCCAGCCCAUAAUGUGACAUCUUAGUGGAGUGGUGUUGGAAGUAUUAAGCAUGACACAGGACACUGCUGGCGACCUCCAUAUGCACAGCAAUCCAUGAUUCAAAUUCAGAAUUAUUCGGCUGUUUUUUUUUCUAAUGAAAGUUAGAUGUGCAGUUACUUUCUGCUAGGGACAUGUACAGAUCUCUGAACCAAUGAUGGUGCUCCAGAACUGCCAAAGGCAAGAGCUGUCUAGUAAAGGCACUAUGUGGCAUAAUCAACCAGUUGCUGGUCAACUCUGGAUCUAGAGGAGUAAAAAUUAAGCCACCCCUAGUACAAAAAGAGUCUGUAUCUUUCUGAUUUAGAACUAAUAGUCCAUGGGCUUCCAUUAUAAAUUAUUCUUUGAGGUGUGGAGUUUUAAUCUCUGGGUUCUGUGCUAGAGAAUAGCUAUUGCAAUUUGUGUCACCUGUUAAAAAUUUGGGAUGAAGUCUGGUAAAAUGUAUGUAAAAAAUAACUUUCUCAUAAACUAAAAUUCUGUAAGCAUUCAAGGAUGGAACCUAGAACCAAUGUAUUUUUCCUGAUUUUUUUCAGGAUGGUCUUUUUUUUUUUUAAAUGAACUUAUGUUCACUUCUGUGUGCUCGGGACAAAAUCUUGAAGCAGUUAGUGGGCAGAAAAGAGAAUUGCCACACUAUACAGAAGUUUGUGCAAAAGUUCUUUUGUCGGAAGAAACAGACAAAAUCACAAGACAUUCUUGAAAGAAGGCCAUAACACUCAUCUUAAAUCGUCCCGGGGUGUGUGUUUUCAUGAUAGACCUAAACGUAAAUAAGCAUCAGAAGUGAACACAGAUGAGUCAUCUUUUGGGGGUGUCUGAUUAUGCUAACAAUGAGUAAGAUCUUGUGUAAAUUUCCCUCUCAAAGUGGCAUGUAAAGUUACUGUCUAUUUUUCCUGCUGCCUCUGUAAAAAUGAAUACAGCCCCAAUUACUGUGUGUAACUUAACUUUCUUGGAUUUCACUGAUAGUAAGUAAAGCCCAUAUUU